AUGCAGAUUGUGGAAGUUCGAUCGCCUGAGCAGAAGAGUCGGGACUCCAUAGUGGCAAUUACUCCUUCAACGCGAGCAAGACCGAAGAAAUCCAAAUCCGGGAAGGAGCGCGUGAAGAAAACUUCACCGACCAAAUUCAACCCUCUCAAGCAGCUGCAAAUAUGGUCGCCCAUGAAGGACAAGAGAUCAAAAUCAAAGUCCCGCGUUGCCCCGCUUACCCUUCAAGAGAUCACCGCUUGGACAGAGGCAAAAGCUCAGAGACCCGCCGAGUGGGCAGCUGCGGAUAAGCUUAAAGAGAUAGCGCCUGGCCAGGACGAGGAGACGACCUCCUCAGUUCCGCACACCUAG